AUGGUUGAGAUUACAGAAUUGAUGUCAACGAGACCUCCUAUUCCCUCUCAAGAUUCAUAUCAAUCUGUGCAACAAAGGGUCAGUGUUGUUAUAUCUCCGCCACCUCCACCUCCACCAUCUUCUCAACCUGAGGUCAGGGAAAGUAUGAAGGGGAACAGAACAUCUUCGGUGUGGGAGCAUUUCCAAAAGAGUGUUGAUGAAGCUGGUAUUAAAUUGGGGAAAUGUAACUACUGUGAAGGUGGUAAAUGUAGGGCUGGUGGUAAGAAGUAUGGCACAUCAAAUUUGAACUGGCAUUUGACCAAGUGUCGGAAGUAUAUGGAGUCACUAGAAGCUGCGCAGUUGGACUCUCUCGGUCAGCCUAGCAAUCUGGGAGAUCAGCAACAAACAGUUGGGGUUACGUUCUGUCAAGAUGGAUGUAGGAGAGCCUUGAUAAAGUUCAUUAUCACAGAUGAACAGUCUUUCCGAAUGGUUGAAGGAGAAGGAUUUAUAGCAUUUUGUAGAUAUCUUGAGCUGAGGUUCAAACUUCCAUCGCGGAUGACCGUCUAUCGUGAUAUCUGUGGACUGUUUUUGAGUGAAAAAGCCAAUUUGGUGAACUAUUUCAAGUCGAACAAGUUUAGAGUUUGUCUCACAACCGAUACAUGGACAUCCAUUCAGAACUACAACUACAUGGUAGUUACUGCCCACUUCAUCGAUGACCACUGGAAGUUACACAAAAGAAUAAUAUGUUUCUGUCAAAUUACUAGUCAUGGAGCUUUAGUUGUUAAGGAUGGGUUGAAGAAAUAUCAUACUUCAGUGAGCAGAAUCAGGUCGGUGGUUAAAUACGUCACGGCCUCUCCUGCUAGAAUGAAGAAAUUCUUAGAUGCCUUAUUUCUUGAAAGAAUGGAAUACAAAAAGGGAUUAGUGUUAGACGUGAAAACAAGAUGGAACUCCAUUUACUUGAUGUUGGAUGCAGCAGAAAAAUACGAAAAAGUCUUUAUAAGGCUAGAACGAUCUGAUAAAUCAUUUCGUGAGAGGUUUAUCUUCGAUAUUCCCGAUGAAUCAGUAAUGGGUGUUAAUGUUGAUGAUAUUGACAGUACUGAUUUUCUUGAUGAAAUAGAAUCCAGUUCUUCUGAUUCUGAUGUUGAUGAAGUUCCCUUAUCUGGUCGAAGAAAAGCCAAGAAGAAAAAGCCUCGCGUGCAUGCUCCUGAAAAGUAUGACUGGGCUAAUGCUCGAGUCCUAGUUCAGUUUCUACAGGUAUUUUUUGAAGCCACUGUUGAGUUUUCUGGUUCUACGUAUGUCACUUUGCAUACAUUUUUGGGGGAAAUUUGUGAUGUACGUGGAGAGUUAAAUGAAUGGCAAAAAGCUCAUCAUGAUCCUCACUUAAGCCAUAUGGGUGAGAAGAUGUUACUUAAAUACAACAAGUAUUGGGGUGAGCAUAAGAACAUGAAUCCUUUAUUGUUUAUUGUUGUGCUUCUUGACCCAAGAGAAAAAGAACGUGGACUGCAAGUAAUACUAGAAGACCUGAUUGUGCAUGAUAUUCCUUGGAUGAAACAAAGAUUGGUAAACAAUUGGUUAGAUGAAGUGAAAGAGGAUUUUAAUGAAUUAUUCACAGCUUAUAAGGCAGAAUAUAUAGGUGUAGGAAGUGUGUUAGCCUCGUCGGAGUCCGUAGUUGAUACUGGUGGUAGUCCUAGUCAAGAGAGUUGUAGUUCUAGUUCUACGUCACAUAGAAAGAGAAGACAUAAGGCCCAUAGAGAAGAACGUAAAACCCAGUUAUCUAUAACGGAGGAUGUUGACAAAUCAGAGUACUGGAAAGCGAAUACUUGGUCAUUUCCGAAGUUCUUUAAAACCCCGAACUGUGGAAGCAUUGAUUCUCCUACAAAACUGGUUAAGAACACCGAUUGA